AAAUAGACCCGCGGAAACCGACAGAAGCACGACUGAGAGCUGUGGAGAGCGAGGGUCAGAGAGCGAGGGAGAGAGGUAGAGAGCGAGGGAGAGAGAGAGAGAGGUAGAGCGAGGGAGAGAGAGAGAGAGAGACACGGUGAAGCUGGGGGUGGACCGUUCGUUUCAUUUACAUACCGUCUUGCAUGCGUGGGGGAGUAAAAACGUAGCGAAUCGCCGGAACGUCACCUCAGCCGGGCCCGAGGGGAAUACGAGAGGACGCGCUUCGCCUGCACCGCCUCACACUUAACAUGGAACAAUAUGACGGAGACGACACCGACUACAUGCAGCAGGAAGAUGACUGGGACCGGGACCUCCUGUUGGAUCCCGCGUGGGAGAAGCAGCAAAGGAAGACAUUUACGGCAUGGUGCAACUCCCACCUGAGGAAAGCAGGCACGCAGAUCGAGAACAUUGAGGAGGACUUCCGAGAUGGACUGAAGCUCAUGUUGCUGUUGGAGGUCAUUUCAGGGGAACGCUUGGCCAAGCCAGAGAGAGGCAAAAUGAGGGUUCACCGGAUUUCCAACGUCAACAAAGCGCUAGACUUCAUCGCCAGCAAAGGAGUGAAGCUCGUGUCUAUCGGAGCCGAGGAGAUUGUCGAUGGUAACGCUAAAAUGACCCUGGGAAUGAUCUGGACCAUAAUCCUCCGCUUCGCCAUCCAAGACAUUUCUGUAGAAGAGACGUCUGCCAAAGAGGGCCUGCUGCUGUGGUGUCAGAGGAAGACCGCGCCCUACAAGAACGUCAACAUCCAGAACUUCCACAUCAGUGCUGCUUUAAAUGUGGAGGGGGGGCCUGGUGUUGGUGCAGGUGAGGUCAUAAAGAGGUUGGUCCCAGAGGACGACCCCAUGACCAACCUGAACACAGCCUUCGACGUGGCAGAGAAGUACCUGGAUCCCAAGAUGCUGGAUGCUGAAGACAUCGUGGGCACCGCCCGCCCGGACGAGAAGGCUAUCAUGACCUACGUGUCUAGCUUCUACCACGCCUUCUCAGGCGCCCAGAAGGCGGAGACGGCGGCCAACAGGAUCUGCAAGGUGCUGGCCGUGAACCAGGAGAACGAGCAGCUGAUGGAGGACUACGAGAAACUGGCCUCUGAUCUGCUGGAGUGGAUCCGUCGCACCAUCCCCUGGCUGGAGAACCGCAUCCCAGAGAAUACCAUGCAGGCCAUGCAGCAGAAGCUGGAGGACUUCCGGGACUACCGGCGCCUCCACAAGCCGCCCAAGGUGCAGGAGAAGUGCCAGCUGGAGAUCAACUUCAACACCCUGCAGACCAAACUGAGGCUCAGCAACAGGCCCGCCUUCAUGCCCUCCGAGGGCAAGAUGGUCUCGGACAUCUCCAAUGCGUGGGGGGGUCUCGAGGGGGCAGAGAAGGGCUAUGAGGAAUGGCUGCUCAACGAGAUCCGCAGGUUGGAGAGACUCGAUCAUCUUGCCGAGAAGUUUCGGCAGAAAGCCGCCAUCCACGAAGCGUGGACUGAAGGUAAGGAGGACAUGCUGCAGCAUCGGGACUACGAGACGGCCUCCCUGUCGGAGAUCAAGGCCCUGCUGAAAAAACACGAGGCCUUCGAGAGCGACCUGGCUGCGCACCAGGACCGCGUGGAGCAGAUAGCAGCCAUCGCGCAGGAGUUAAAUGAGCUGGACUACUAUGACUCUCCCAGCGUGAACGCUCGCUGCCAGAGAAUCUGUGACCAGUGGGACGCCCUCGGAGGCCUGACCCAGAAACGCAGCGAGGCUUUGCAGAGAACCGAGAAGCUGCUGGAGACCAUUGACCAGCUUUACCUUGAGUUUGCCAAAAGAGCAGCUCCGUUCAACAACUGGAUGGAGGGUGCGAUGGAGGACCUGCAGGACACCUUCAUAGUCCACACCAUCGAAGAGAUCCAGGGAUUAAGCACGGCCCACGAGCAGUUCAAAGCGACGCUCCCAGAGGCGGACAAGGAACGCCAGGCCAUUUUGGGAAUCCACAACGAAAUUGCCAAGAUCGUCCAGACCUACCAUGUCAACAUGGCCGGCAGCAACCCUUACACCACCAUCAACCCUCAGGAGAUCAAUGCCAAAUGGGACAAGGUCAGGCAGCUGGUGCCGCAGCGUGACCAGGCCUUGAUCGAGGAGCACGCCCGGCAACAGAACAACGAGCGCCUGCGCAGGCAGUUCGCUAACCAGGCCAACGUCAUCGGGCCCUGGAUCCAAACCAAGAUGGAGGAGAUCGGCCGCAUCUCCAUCGAGAUGCACGGCACCCUGGAGGACCAGCUGACGAACCUGCGCCAGUACGAGAAGAGCAUCGUGAACUACAAGCCGAAGAUCGACCAGCUGGAAGGAGACCACCAGCUCAUCCAGGAAGCCCUCAUCUUCGACAACAAGCACACCAACUACACCAUGGAGCACAUCCGUGUUGGCUGGGAGCAGCUCCUCACCACCAUCGCCCGAACCAUCAACGAGAUCGAGAACCAGAUCCUGACGCGAGACGCCAAGGGCAUCAGCCAAGAACAGAUGAACGAGUUCCGGGCUUCCUUCAAUCACUUUGACAGGGACCACUCCGGCACUCUGGGCGCCGAGGAGUUCAAGGCCUGCCUGAUCAGCCUGGGCUUCGAUAUCGCCAACGACGCACAGAAGAGAACAGGGAUGAUGGAUGCGGAAGACUUCAAAACCUGCCUUAUCUCCAUGGGGUACAACCUGGGUGAAGCUGAAUUCUCCCGCAUCAUGAGCAUUGUGGACCCCAACCGGCUGGGCCUGGUGACCUUCCAGGCCUUCAUCGACUUCAUGUCCCGCGAGACGGCCGACACCGACACCGCCGACCAAGUCAUGGCUUCCUUCAAAGUGCUGGCAGGGGACAAGAACUACAUCCUAGCGGAUGAGCUGCGUCGGGAGCUGCCCCCGGACCAGGCGGAGUACUGCAUCGCCCGCAUGGCGCCUUACACCGGCCCGGACGGCGUGCCCGGAGCCCUUGACUACAUGUCCUUUUCUACCGCGCUCUAUGGAGAGAGCGAUCUUUGAACCCCACCUGGUGGAACAGGACCACCGCCCCCACCCACCCACCCCCCCCUCCAGCCGACGCCACCACCACAUCCUCCCACCCCUGCCACAUCACCGCCGCAUCCAUGUUCAGCUUUUGCUCGUUUUUGUUUUGUUUUUGUAUGUCUCUGGCCUUAUCUUUUUUUUGUCAUAACCCUCAUAAACCUUUGUCUCCCGUCUCCUCUCUUCCUUUCCCGCCCCUCACCUGCCCCUCCUCCGGCCUCCGGACUCCUCGCCGCUCCCUCACGGCCUCAGUCUGGUUGUGCCCGCUCCCCCCACGCCGCGCCGCAGCUCUCCAGGUUUACAAAGAGGGAGAGAGAGAAAAGAAUGUGUGUUCGUCCCCCCAGUUUUGUUUUUUCUUCUCUCGUUGUCAUUGUUUUUCUUCAUAAAAUGAAUAAAGUUAACAUAUUUUAUUAUACAGAACAAAAAAAAAAAAGGUAUUUUUCUUCACCCGAUUGAAAAUAAGAGACGGAAAUUGUAAUAAAGAAAAAAAUUGCAAUACCUUUCUCUUCUGGUUCCCU